GGUACCUACAGCGGUAACGAGUACCAGAGCUGGUGCAGAGCCCAGAGUAGAGCCUUUUGCAGAGCUGGUGCACAUAGUCGCAGAGAUUGGCAUGUGAGUGUGCACUGUGUUGUGUAUCAGCAUCCAGGGAUCCCAGAUUCCAGGUCCAGGCCAUUAACAGUCUUGUAGCCUUGAACGGGAUUAGUACUCACACAAAUCGUCCCCCUCCAAGGAAGAAAUUUUUUGUUCAAGAAAGGUCACUCGUCGGUACCCCGAAGAUUUCUUUGAACGCUCGGUAACAACGACGGCGACGACGACUACCUAGUUACCUACAGUACCUACUACGGUGCACACGAGUGUGUACUGUGUAGUGUGUACCUAUGCGAUGUGCAGUGCGUGCGCAUUUUUAACACGCGGCGUUCUCUCUCGAGGAGAAUCCAAGACUCUGUCUUCGCGGAUGUGGUACGGCAUCGUUGGUUUUCCAGGUUAAGUUUUCCUGUCGCUCGCGCGCGCCUACGGCGAUGAUCCGCAGCUUCAAGGACGUCGUUCGUGGUUAACUAUUACUUUAUAGUUGCAUCUACGUUUAUCUACGAGUACUGAGAUAUCCAUUACGGUCUGCGUCGUCGCCUCUUUUAUUUUUUUCUCCCCGUGUCGACGUAGCUUCGAGAGAAGCCGGUGUUUCUGUUUCACUUUUCUCCGGGGGGUGAGCCCUUUGUUACCGAAGCAUUCGCUGGGAUAUUCUCAUCAAGUAUUAUUUACGAGUUCUGUAGGAACAUAGUUUUACAAAUUCUCGUUAUUGUUCUCCAUCUACACGGGCAGAGGCUUUUGCUCAAAUAGAGGAUAUGACCGGCUCCCCAAGAAGACGAGGUGGAGGAGGUUGGCCCUGAGAUUCAUUUAUCAACGUUGCUCUCUUCGAAAGAGGAAUAUUCCGGCAAGUCUCGUCUGUGACUUUACCAAAUAACUACGAAAAUGGAACAGAAUGAUGGUGAUUAUCAACAAGUUAUUGAGGUAAAUAAUACGACACAAGCAGACAACGGGCUUUAUUCUGAGCACCUAGUACACGAAGUAGUCAUACAAAAUGCUAACAAUCAAGGCUCCACUGAAAACUGUGAAAUGUCUGACAUUGAAAUCAUGUUGCCAAGCAAUUACAUACAGGAUCAGGGCAGUAAUAAUGUGCUGUGUACUGCGGAUUUGAUCGAUGGUGAUAAGCAUAUUGAAAAUGUAAUCACGCAUCUAGAGGUUAUUAAUGAUCAGGAUAUUUCACAGGCUAUUAGUGUUGAAGAAACAUUUAGUAGCUGUAGUCAAAAUUUGCAAGAGCAAAAGUUCGGUGAAUUUUUAAUACAAAAUCAGACAACUUAUCCUCAAGAUAGUUUUGAUGUAGACUCUUCUAAUUUCGAGACAAAUCUUGGUUGUAAUGAUGAUCAACCAGUCAAUGACAAUACAUUAAGCAACAGUAAAAGUGCGGUAAACAGUUUAAGUGGUACUAAAGACCAAAGUGAUCUACAAUCUGAAAAAAUCAUUGAGUGUGAAGCACAAAUAGCAACUGCCACUCCUACUAACCAAAUGGAAAGUGGUAAGAUUGUAGAAAUGAGCAUUUCAAAUGUGAAUGAACAGACUAGUGUAGUGGCAAGUGAUACUGUGAAAGAAACCAUAGAAAAGCCUAAUAACCACGUGGCAAAAGAAACAGAUAAGUGUGUAGAUUCUAAUACUGUAAGUGUUGAAUCGAAAAUUGUUCAUUCAUCACCAACGAGUCAGUCGUCUAAAAACGUUAAUUGCUCAGAGAAAGUUAAGAAAGCUGAAGAAGUAUCGCUUGAUAAUUCAAACGUUUUACAAUCAGAUGACGUGGCUGUGCUGGCUGAAUUUAGCACAUUAAAUUAUGAUCUACAGGAGGAAGAAAAACCGGCAAAAGCUGUUACCAAGACUAGUGAGCAAAUAAUUGAAAACCUAAACGAAAUGAUGACUGACAAUUUAAAAGAUAAAAACGUAACGGAAGAAAAAAGUGUAAAGGUGUUGACAGAAAACUCUGAAUCUAAAGAACAGUCAAAAUCACAGGUCAAAAGUAAUGACGUGUCAAUGUACGAAGAUGACCAACUUGAUUUGCAUCUGUCGGCUGAUCAGUCUGUAGAAAGUCACCGAAACACCAAGGUUCUCCAGGAUAUUUUCGAUGACUGGCAAGAUGAGAACGGUGACGAGGAAUCGGCUGUCCAAUCCUCAUCUGCUCCACAACCCAAAGAUCCACAAGACUCAGUCGAAAUGGAACUGCAGAACCUGUUGAAUGAAGAGGUGCAGCAGGAUGCUGCUCCUGGUUCCAACACAACUGAAAAUUUACUCGGUAGUUUGGAGAACCCCAAAAGCAGUGAGCAUAGAGCAGAAAGUUCACCUGUAAAAUCGAAAAUUGUCGUGGUGGAAAAAUUGCCUAGCACGUCUCCUGUCAAGUCUCUUAAAUCGCCCUUGGUCACAAACUCACCCAAAAAUAUUGGACAAUCACCAAAGAAUAUCAGCUCAAAUCAGUCAGAACCAAAGAAGUUCCAGUCACCCAGACCAGGUGUUAAGGUUCCAGGUUCUCACCUGACCAGUCAAAUCGCAACAACUGCCGAGGUGAACGAGGUCUUGAAGGAGCGACUAAAGGAAAAACAAAAAGAUUUGCAGAAUCCAAAAACCGCUGACAUUGUUUUCGUGAAAAAAAUGUCGCAAAGACUCUCCAGUCAGCUCUCAGCAGCGAUUGUCAGCAGUACCAGUACCAGCAGUACUCCUAUUCCUUCACAGCAACAAAAAGAAAAUAGUGACAGCGAAAAGGCUCAGUCUUCGGUAGUUGAGCUGCCAUCAGCGUCAGUCGAGCAUAAUAAGUCAACGACCGAUAACGAGCUGUUGGCCAUUCUUGAAGGAGACGUUGAUCCUGACUGGUCCAAUCUGAAACCCCACGGAGUAUUGGAGGAGAAUAACAAAUUUAGCGAGUCUCAUAGUUCCAGCGAAGGGAAAUCUGGAUCAAAACUGGAUCCAGCAACGGAAAGGGAAUUGGCAUUGAAACAACUUCUUGAAUUACCAACUGCUUCGUCAAAGAAGAAGCAGAUCAGGAAGUCUGUGAAAUCUAGCAAAGAUGGUGCAAAAGACGAAGAUGAAGUGAUUCACAUACCUUCCGAAGAUGAUUCUCCUCGGCAGGAAAGUAAGACACCUAAGCAGCAAAAAGAAAAUAUCCACAACACGCGGAGUAGCGAUUCUGUGGAAUUGGGCAUCGAAGAAUCAAGAUCAGGCAGGAAACGUAAACUCACAGAAAAAGCUCGGGAACAUGAGCUUAGCGUAAAGCGGCAAAAAGUUAUCAAGAGCAAAGUUACACCAGAUGUCAAAAAGGCUUCAGAGCCCGCCGAUGUUGACGAAGAAAAAUCCGAGACAAGUAGUUUACAAGUCAAAGUUGAAACCCAAAAACCAACUGAAGAAUCAAGCCCUGCUGUUACACCCAAGUCUGAUUCCAAACAGAAGAAAGUAGACGUGAAGCAAUCACCUUUGGCAGCAAAGACACCAACUAAUAUCAAAGACAAAGAGACUCCUCCAAAGCGCUCUUCAGUCGGAGUGUCGAAAAAAGAUACACCAAUAGUCAAACGCAAGCUCACUGUGAAGAAUAUACUCAAACCAAAAAAGACAGCUACAAAGACUAAAUCGUCAUCACCGUCGGUGACGUCGGCGAGUAAAGUUACGACAGAAAAGUCGGCCAACACAAAUACUACUCCCAAGGAAAAGAAGAAAACUGUUAGCGAAAUCGAUAGGUUGUUGCAAGAUGAGGGCGUCGUCAACAUGCUGUACGAUGCUGAACAACCAGACUCGCGCAAGAGGCUGGUACCGAUAACCAAAUCCCAAAAGAAAGUCAUGGAUGUAGAAAAAGCCGAGAGGGAGCUCAAGUUCCGUGCCAAAUUAGUUAAGAACGCCGUACUUAGGUUGAGAAACUCGGGGGCUCCAACUUCUAAAGUUUCCCCAAGAUCUAGGAGGACUGUCGCUGCAGCUGCUGCCCUAGCACACGUCGAGCAGACAUCUGCUCAGCAGCUCGAUAAAAAAUCGACAGAUUCCAGCAAGGCGUCCGAUCAACUAGAUUUUAUCCUGCCCGCGAAAAUACGCAACGCAGCCGAUGCUUCGCGCAUCAUUCGUAGACAUUCCUCGAGUUCUUUCUCGAGUACUUCGGUAAGUCCGCGAGUCAGCAUUGAUCAGCCACCAGAAUCGCUCAACCUUGAAGAGCUUGAGGCCACCGUAAAGAGCAAAAGAAAAAUGUCACACGACUCGACCGACAAGGCAGACGUGAAAAAGAACAAGAAAAAGUCCAUAUCAAAGUUGGAAACGGAAUCGAAGGAAAGUGAUAAAUCUUCGGUCAAAAAGGAGCCAGUUAAGAAAGGGACAAAGUCAAAUGCCUCAACUCCACCGUCAGUUAAGGUAGCUAAUAAAAACAAAAAAGUACCAAAGGGCAAGUCAUCGGUAGAGUCGUCACCAGCUGACACAAAAUUACCAUCAAAAGGUGAGGAGGAGUUGUCGGCUUGUCUGGCUGAAGCUGCGACAGCGCUCUCCUCUAGCAGCAACGCGACGCGAUUGUCGGGUGCAUCGGCGAAUAAGAAAAAAGGAAGUACAAAUGCUACAAAGUCGCUCGACGAUGAAAAAGUAGUGGGCACUAAAAAUUCAUUUAGCAAUAAAGAAAUUAGCGUUAGGUACCAUGGACACCUCGUACAGCUGAUACUGACACCGUCAAUGCCGGCAUCUGGAAUACGGAAUGCUCUCACGAUCGCGGCUAUGCGCGAGUUUUGCGAUGCUUUGACAAUUUUGAGGAAAGACGACGUAUGUCGCGUGGUUCUGUUCACAUCGACGGGAACAAGCUUUUGUGAAGGUCUGGAACUUUCAUCGCUUCUACGAGAAAAUGUAGAAGAGCGGAAAAGUCGUGCCAAAGAAAUGGCCGUGGCCCUGAAAGAGUUUCUAAGAUGUUUGGCCUCCUUCAAUAAACCCAUAGUAGCAGGAGUACAAGGAGCAGCAAUUGGUUUGGGAGUAACAAUGCUACCGCUAUUUGAUCUCGUAAUAGCUAGCGACAAAGCUACAUUUAGCACACCUUAUGGCAAGCUUGGACAAAUUGCCGAAGGAACUGCCAUUUUAGCUUUAUCCCGUAGUCUUGGAACUUCAGUGACUAACGAGCUGCUAUUGGGUGGGAGAGUUUUAACAGCUAGUGAAGCUUUAAGGGCGGGACUUGUCACCAGAGUCUUGUGGCCUGACAGAUUUCAAGGAGAACUGCUGCCCUCUUUAAAAACCAUGAGUGAACAAUCUGCGAGGUCCAUGGAAGCAACAAAAGCGAUGCUUCGUCGGAGCCUUCGAGAAAGUCUUGAUCCAUACUUGGAGUCUGAAAGCUACCUACUUGUUCAACACUGGAUUUCAUCAGAAUGUCAAGGAGCUAUGAAAGCCUUUAUUGAAGAAAAGGGUCAGUGAACGCGACAUGGUGAUGAAACAAAGUAAACAAUAUUUUAGGGAUAAAAGAAAGUUUGUUUCCCUAAUGCAAAGAAAACGUCAAAUUCUUUGUCACUUUUGGAUGUAGUGAUGUACAGAUUAAUUAAAAAUUCGAUGAUAGUAACUGUAGGUUCAAUGGCAUGCGCAUGCUAUUAAGUAUAAUAAUCGCGUCGUAAUAAUUAAGAUUAAAAAUAAUUGUUCUUCAUUUCUUCAGUGAAUUUCAGAUUUUUGUUCAACCUUGAUUUUUCUUAUUAUUAAAUGUCCUUAGUAUAUUAUUUGAUCAAUUCAUAGAUUUUUGUUUUUGUAAAAUAAUUGCAAACUUCUGCUUUAAAUGGUCUAGCAUACAAGGUGUUUAUACGUACGUGUGAAUAAUGAAAAAAAAAGUAUAUCAAUAUGCAAUUAUAUUUGUACUGUAGACUUGGGCUGUUUGAUAGAAACCCUCGUAACUCUUGAAGUAUAGUUGAAAUAGAUGUGAAGCUUACGAUUGCGAUGGAUGGAAACGGUCGAUUUAUUUUACAUAUUUACGAGUGACAAAAUAACUAUUAAAGUAUUUUAAUAACAUACCUGUAAGUUUAGAUGUAAUGACACAUUAUAAUCUAAGCAUUUUGUCGAAAACUUUACAAAAAAAUUAUUAGAUUUAAGUAAUGUCCAAAACCUUGACAAACUUGUUCUUGUUACUACUGCACUCGUAUAACACCGAGAACAUUUUGUUUCAAAAUGAAAAAAAUUUUUUUUUUUUAUUUACAUGUGAUUUAAUAUAAUUAUUAAAAUAUAAUUUUGAGAACCGCGUUCAACGUUCAGAAUAUAGUGAAUCUGUCAUACAGUUAAUUAUGUAUUAAAAUUGUGUAAAAUUAUAUUUUUUAUACACUGUUAAUUAAUAUACUUGCCAUUUUUAAAUUUUGUAAAAGCUCCAGGUGUAAUUUGAUGUUUAUUAUAAAUUUUGGAUAAGUAGCAAUUUAACAACAGAAUGAAGAAAUAUUGAGUUAAAACGAUUUUUUUUUUAUUUGUCGCAAUGUGAAGAAAAAAAAAAUCUUUUUCGAUUUUGAUGAAAAAUACUCGUCAAAAUAUGCACAAUUAGUUUCAUUGCUCAAUUCGGUCGUUUUCAGUGUUCAAAAAUCAUUUUCUUUACUCAAAUGAGACACUCGUUGACAUUAAAAUUAAAAAACGAAGAAAAAAAAUCCCCCUUCAAAGCCGACCAAUUGAAUCGACAUUUUCAUAUCUUUUUUUAGUCUACUUACCUAUUCAUAAUGUAAAUAUUGAAUAAAGAUUUU